CCCGGCAACAGUGGCGGGUGACUACCGUCCGUAUCCAGGGUAAGAGGAGAGUAACGGCCACGGCGGGAACCACGGAGAUCGAAGGGGACUGGUGGUGUUCAGGCGGCGUUUGGAGCGCCAUGGACGAAGCCAGUAGUUGUGGCAGCGGGGGCGGCUUCCGCCCCGGAGUGGACAGCCUGGAUGAGCCGCCCAAUAGCCGCAUCUUCUUGGUGAUCAGCAAGUACACUCCGGAGUCGGUAUUGAGAGAGCGCUUCUCGCCCUUCGGGGAAAUCCAGGACAUCUGGGUGGUGCGGGACAAGCACACCAAGGAGUCAAAGGGCAUCGCCUUCGUGAAGUUCGCCCGCAGCUCGCAGGCCUGCCGGGCCAUGGAGGAGAUGCACGGCCAGUGCCUCAGCCCUAGUGACUCCAAGCCCAUCAAGGUUUUCAUUGCCCAGGCAAGAUCAUCAGGGAGUCACCGAGAUGUUGAAGAUGAAGAACUUACACGAAUUUUUGUUAUGAUACCAAAAUCAUAUACAGAAGAAGAUCUAAGGGAUAAAUUUAAGGUAUAUGGAGAUAUCGAGUAUUGCAGCAUUAUUAAGAAUAAAACCACUGGAGAAAGUAAAGGUUUGGGUUAUGUAAGAUAUUUAAAACCAUCACAAGCUGCCCAAGCCAUAGAAAACUGUGAUCGAAGUUUUAGAGCAAUCUUGGCAGAACCUAAAAAUAAAGCAGCUGAAUCUUCUGAACAAGAUUAUUAUAGUAGUAUGAGGCAGGAGGCAUUGGGACAUGAACAUAGAGUAAAUAUGUUUCCUUUUGAACAGCCAGAAUUUCCCUCUUUUGAAAAGAAUGAUAUCCGAGGCCAGGAGACCAUCUCCAAACGCUUGUCAGUAGUAUCACGGGUUCCUUUCACACAAGAGCAACUCUACAGCAUUUUUGAUAUAGUCCCAGGCUUGGAAUAUUGUGAAGUUCAACGAGAUCCUUAUUCUAACUAUGGUCAUGGAGUGGUUCAGUAUUUUAAUGUAGCAUCAGCUAUAUACGCAAAAUACAAGCUACAUGGAUUUCAAUACCCUCCUGGAAAUCGGAUAGGUGUCUCAUUCCUUGAUGAUGGAAGCAAUGGAACAGACCUCCUUAGAAAAAUGGCAACCCAGAUGGUCGCUGCACAGCUUGCUUCAAUGGUGUGGAAUAACCCUGGUCAGCAACAGUUUCUGGCAUCUUUGCAAUUUGGAGGAAGUUCUGGGUCUCAGCUGCCUCAAAUUCAGACAGAUAUUGUGCUUCCAUCAUGUAAAAAGAAAGCCCCGCCUGAAACUGCUGUGAAGGAAAGACUUUUUAUUGUGUUUAAUCCUCAUCCCUUGCCCUUGGACAUAUUGGAGGAUAUAUUCUGGUGUUUAUUGAGCACUUCCUGUGCUAAGUGCAGUGACGGGCACUUGGAGGAUACAAAAGAAGCUUGUAAAGCCGUCCCUGCCCUUAAGGAGCUUACAGUCUCACUGGGAAAACCAGACAAAAUCAUGCUAACUCUAUGAGAUAUGCUAAAUUAGAUGCUAAAAGAAGACAAAAUCAUGCUAACUAUGAGAUAUGCUAAAUUAGAUGCUAAAAGAAGACUGAUUCCUGUGCUUUCACAACCUUUGAUACACAGAGAAAUUUUCAAGGGACUCUUUUGAGGUCCUUUGGCAAUUGUGUGGGUCUUUGGUAUUUAAUCCUUUCUUUUCUUUUCAGCUGCCAUUAAUAAUGAAUUAUGAUAUAUAAGAAGUUGGUAAGGAGCCAUACAAAAGAUCAGAUUGCUGGAAUGUCACAAAAGUAUUUUAAUAUACAUUUAAAUCGAUUAGAGUUAUCAUAGAUUCCUUUGCAACAGCUUGAUUUCCAUUUCACUUAAAAUAGCUUAUUUUGUUUCAGUCGUUUUGGGAAUCUGAUUGAAGUCUACCUUGUAUCAGGAAAAAAUGUGGGGUAUGCCAAGUAUGCAGAUAGAACAAGUGCUAAUGAUG